UCCCAAGCAAUGCCAUCUGACAGUAACUUCCCGAAGCUCGUUCUCAUUCGAGUUCGACUUCCAGAGAAAUCGAUUCGACUUUUCUCAAUUCGAGUUCUCAUUCGGCAGCCAUUAUACUUUCCUUUUUAUUAAAGGACUUUUUAUUAAGGAUAAUGAGUUUCGUGUAGCUUUAUAUCGACAGUAAACUCAAGUUAAUUCAAAUGUUGAACCACCGCAAGACAUUGGCACAUAAAAAAUCAUAAGUAAUCUGGCAGAAAUGAGGGGAUAGUGGUGGAUUUAUCCUCCAAACCAUUCCCCAAUUUGAUAAAAAAGUGCAUUAAUGGCAGGUUUGUCAGGUUAUGAUCCAGUGUAUCGAGGCAGACCGGUGACUCCACGACAAUUUCCAGAUGAUUUUGGUGAUAGAUACUAUAAUCGCGAGGUAGUAAGACCAAUCGAAAUCAUAUCAGCGUCAUCGAUCAUCCCCGAAGGAAGUACACCACCUGACAAUGACGUUGCCAUAAAGAGAUCAAUAGGCAUAGGAUGUGGUCUUGCCAGUUUAAUCACGGAAAAUCUACUUAUUCAUCCGUUCAUCGUACUGAGAAGACAAUGUCAAGUAAAUCCAGUGGCAACAACAUAUCAUCUGGUGCCAAUCACGUUAAUACCAGUUAUGAUGAGAUUACAUCAGACCCAGGGGAUGAAUACAUUGUGGAAAGGAAUUGGGUCGGUUUUACUUGUCAGGGGUUUGACUCUUGCGGUUGAGGACCUUUUAUCGAAGGUCACACCAUGGCCCAAGGAAAUAACGAAUGAAACUUCUUUUAAAUCUUUCGGACAACACUUGUUCCUCAAAUGUGUUUCCAUUGGAAUUGUCUCUCCAUUCUACUCAGCAUCCCUAGUAGAGACUGUUCAAUCAGAGAUAGCCUCCGAAAAACCAGGAGUACUCGAUGUGUUCCGCGAUGGUGCAAUUCGUCUUCUUGAAGUCGGUAGUAAAGGACGAAUUAUUCCAAUCUAUGUCCUGUUGGGUCCACACGUCGCUUACGGAAUUGCUAAGUACUUGUUUGGAUUAAUCGUGAGGAGUAUUGUCUCCAGAGUAAUGGUCUUGAGAGACAGGCAUUUGCAAGAGAGCAGAGGAGCAUACAGUCGGGAUAUCACUUCAGAAAACGUGAUGCAAGAUAUUGAUCUCCAGUCAACAUUAAUCUCUAUGUGCGCAGCUGACAUUGCAUUCUACCCCCUCGAAACAGUUGUUCAUAGACUCCACUUGCAAGGCACCAGAACCAUCAUCGAUAAUCUCGAUACAGGAAGGAGUGUAACACCAUUAUUAACAAGUUACAGUGGUGCAUUUGACUGUUAUCGCACAAUAAUCAAUAACGAGGGCACUCUCGGAUUGUAUAAAGGUUUUGGUGCACUAAUUAUGCAAUUUGGAAUGCACUUUUUGGUACUUAAAGCUACGAAAUAUAUUCUCACAGAAAUUGGUACCAUACUAAAGCCAAAACCGAAAAUAGUUAAAACACCUCAACAUAAUUACUGCAAUGAAAUUUAAUAAUAAUUAUGUUCUUUUAAUAUAAUUUGUUCCUUCCUGAAAACCUAUUUAAGGAAAAGAUGCAAAGGGGAGAAGUGAAAAGAUAUGUCUGUAACAUAUUAAUUGUAGAGUUUGUGUAAAUGUCUGUAUUUGGAACAUAUCUUUUUACAAUGUCAUUAUUUUUCGAUCAACUUCACUCUGAAAUUUUUAUCGAGCUCCAGAGUUAUUAAUUUUGUGAUUAGCCGUGUCUAGUCAUCGUCACUGAAGUUUUACGAAUAGGUGAGGAAGAGGGGAACAUUAUGUACAGAAAGUGAACCAUGAAAUUUAGUAGAUAAAAAUUGAUGAUGAAUACAGAAAGCUCAUGAUGGGGUUUGGAAAAUCCUGAUUUGUAGAAUUAGCUUUUCAUGUUGAUUUAUUAUAAAUAUAUCCUCAUUACAAUAUAAAUUAUCUCUAAUAGUUUACCAGUAGACUUAUCAAUGAUCAUUUCAAGUUAGGUAGUAUUUAUUUCUGUUCAUUACCAAUGAAAAUAAUUUUUUUAAGGUGACAAUAUCCCAAUCUCAAUGAUAACGAUAUUGAAGAAAAUAUGAGCGUUCAGUUUCCACUUCUAAUAUCACAUUAACCACUUCGAACAAAAUUAUUGAUGUUCAAAAAAGAAGCCUCAACGUUUUUAUUUUCAAGGAAAUCACUUGUGCUCAAUCUGAAUCUUCAAUUCGCCAGAAUUUCGUAGAAAUUUCGCACACAUUUUUUUUGUAUUUAUAAUUAUGUAGAUUUUUUGGGAAUGUCCCGAAUCCGUCAGGAAAGAAAAACGAAAUAAAUUCAUACGAAACCCAAUGAGACCGUGCAAGUUCGAUGCAAGAUAAAUUCUUCUUAGGAUAAAA